AAUGUCUGAUCUAGUGACAAAAUUUACCGAAUUGACAAAUUGUAAGGCAGAAACAGCAUUAUCAUAUUUAUCCAAAUAUGAAUGGAUUUUAGAAGAUGCGUUAUAUCAUUAUUUUGAGGAAGUCUCUGAUAAACCAGAAAAUAAAAAUUCUAAUUCCUCUGAAAAAACUCGAGAGCUGAAUAAAUCUGCUGGCCAUGUUGACAAAAAUUUUAAAAUUAAUAAUACAUCUAAUAUUCAAAAGGAACAUAAAAUCCAAACUUUAGAUUCAAUUUUAAAGGAUAAUAAAAAUGAAGACGAAGGUGCUCAAGCCUUCUAUGCAGGUGGAUCAGACAAAAGUGGGCAAUUGAUACUUGGACCAUCUUCAUUUAAAGACAAAAAAGGAAUAGACAAUGCUAUUGAAAAUAUUUUUAAAACUGCACUAGACAAUGGAGCUAAAGAAAUUAAUCCUUCUGCCCUCACAGAUGCUCUUAAAAAUGUUAAUCCAUCUAGUAUUUUUUCCUCCAACAAAAAGGCAUUUAGUGGUAAAGGAUAUGUAUUAGGAGAAGGUGAUCAUGAAGGGCAGCAAAAAAAUACAGACGAUUCUACCCCCAUGGCAGACGAUUCCUUACACCUCGAAACAGCAGAUGAUAUUUAUCGUCGCAUUUUAUCUUCAUCAGCCAUUCCAGCUUCUCAACGUCCAAACGAUAAUUCCUGCAUAGUAUUGAGACUUUGGAGAGAUGGUUUUACGAUUGACACGGAAAAUGAUAACGAUGAGAAUGAAGAUGAUGGUGAGGAGGACGAUGAAGGAGAAGGUGAUUUAAGGAGUUAUUCAAACCCCGAAAAUCAAGAAUUCCUUAAUUCCGUUUUGAGAAGCGAAAUACCACCCGAAUUAUCGAGAAAAAUGGCUGGAAGACAUUUGAAUCUAAUAAUGGAGGAUCAUAGAACAACGGAUUUUGAGGGAAAGACGACCAAAAAGUCGAAUCUUUUCAAUUCUUCCUGCUGUUCUACUUCCGCCAAAGCUUCUAAUCGCAAAACGAAGCCUUUUACUGGCGCGGGUCAUAUUCUUGGAAGUCCGAGUCCUAGUGUGAUAACAGCUACUUCAUCCGUUUCCGGUAUUUUGAAAGGUGGAAAUCAUCAACAAACCUUAGAAAAUGCCACACUCUCUGAAUUCGACGUCAACAAACCUGCUACUAAAAUACAGAUUAGACUCGAAGAUGGUACAAAACUUUCACUCAAAUGCAAUUUGCAACAUACCAUAGGUGAUAUCAGAAAGGCCAUUGUAAAGUAUAUUCCGAAAUACGAUAGCGUGGUUUUCAAAUUACUUGUAUCAUUUCCUAAAUUAAAUCUAGAUGAUGAUAAUCUUACAAUUGAACAAGCAAAUUUGAUUAAUAGCGUUAUAAUUCAGAAGAUUAUUUCAUAAUUAUUACCUAUAUUGUAAUGUCAGCUACCUACCUUUCAAAGAUGUAACUUAUAAUAUAACUCUUUCUUCCUAAUUUAUUUAUUAUUUUUAAAUGUACAA